AUGGGAAUUAUCGGCAGUUGUCGCGGUUGGGAUUCCCUAAGAAAAAAGCAGCAACCGCCAGUCAGCAGUACGCCGUCAGUUGCUUCCAGUGCGCCCCCGCCACCCCCCUCCGGAGCCAGUUCGGUUGCCGCUUCCUCCACCAACAUCGGCACCGUAGUCACAUCGCAGAUCUACACCAGCACAGCAGCCGCCGCCUCCACAGCCUCCGUCUCCGCCAGCGCCACCUCAAUCUCGCCGGUCACGGUGACGAACACCGCACAGCCCACAGUCCACAGUGCGAUCUUCAGUUCCGCCGACAUCAAGGAUGAGCUUGAAUCUGAAUUGGAAGAUGAAGAUGAAGGGGAAGAAUUUGAAGUUGAUUCGGAUCUAGAGUCGGAUUAUUGGUGGGAAGAUUGUGAAGAAGAAGAAGAAAUUGUUCCGAUGUCGGAUUCUCCGGUCAAGAGGGAAAGUAGUUCUAGUGCUCAAGAUAAGCAAGAACCGGCCACUUCCAGGGGUUCCCGGAAAAGAAAAAUCGAUGAUGAAGAUGCGAGUUGCAGUGGAUCCUCUAGUAAUAACUCCGCCGACGGAGAUGACAAGGACGGUGACAAGGACAGCAAGAAGAAGAAGAACCGAUGCGCAACCUGCCGCAAGAAAGUUGGACUGACUGGUUUCGAGUGCAGAUGUGGUGGCCUGUAUUGCGCGAUACAUCGAUACAGUGAUAAGCACGAAUGCUCGUUCGACUAUCGGGAACUGGGCGCGGCGGAAAUUAGACGUAACAAUCCUGUCGUGGUCGGAGAGAAAAUUCAAAAAAUUUGAACACUCGUGCCAUCUAUUAUCUAUUAAUAUACAUAUACAUAUAAUUCAAUUUAAUCUUAAUGAAAUAUAAAUAUUACAAACAAACAAAAAAUAAUGGAAGAGGAGAAAAAGAAAGAAAAUUAAAAAGCGGAGAACAAAACAAAACACAAACACACACAACUGAAACAGCAACAUACACAUACAAGAACAGCAAACAAGAGAGUAAAACAAAAGAGAAACGAGAAAUCCUUAUAUACAUAUUAAACAAUACAACAAUAAAAAUGCAAGGAAUGUAAAGUUGAUGCUAGUAAUUACAUUUCAAUAAAUUUAUUGUAAUUGGACGAUGCUGAAAAUAGUAUAUUAUAAUUUCGAGAAACACUCACAAACACAUUCAUUAUUGCUACCUACCACAUUCAGUCAGACAUUACAUACACACACACCAAGAAGUGGUUUAUUAGCGGAACAUUAGCUCACACAUCCAUACCUACACAAACACACACAAAACACAAUCAACCAACACGGACAGGAGUGACACGUGAAAACAAAAACUGUGUUUUUAGACGUCGACGACAGGAUUAUUACGAUGUGUACUAAUUAAUAAACUAGAAUCAAUUUGCCAAUUUAUCACUAUUACGUGGAAGUUUGUUCGCUUGUAAAUUAGUUUUGCUUCACACAAUCAUUGUGUACUAUUAUUAUACAAAACAACAAGAUGUAGUAGAGAGGUAAACGGAUAGAGUGGAUCGUUUCGCACGGCAUCCUUGGCGUGUGAAAUGGAUCAUCGCCUAGAAGUCGCAUGGAGAGGAGAGGGAUCCAUCGAGUGAGUGAGCUGGAAGUGCGAUUGCGAGGUGUCGUUCGUAAGAACUGAAACCGUGUCCCUGGGGGUUCUACAGCGUUUGGCGAGGAGAUCCCCCUGAGGGUGAGUGCAAGUGUUGUUGAGUGUGGAGUGAGCCAUUGUUUUCCGGUGAUUCUGUGAUUUACUGCUGCACAACUUGGUGUGUGGUGUGCCUGUGGUCGUCCGUCGUGGGACCCCUUCAGUGGGUCUUUUAGUGUGCGUGUGUGUGAUCGAAGCUUAUAGAAGAUUUGGGGAAAAGAGAACACUCUAUUAUUCUACUUGUACGUGUAGGUACCUAUCUAUGCAAAACACUAGUGUAUGCUAUAUUUGUUGUUUUCACAAUGCCCUCUCCUUUGUUUCUGUUUUUGAGAAUUUGUGCUUCUUGUUUAUUUUCCCGGUUUCUUCGCCCCUUUUGUAAAAAGUAUAUAUUAUAAUGGUAAAUAAUGGAAUCCCUUUUUAAAUCGUAUUGUUUGCAAUCAAAAAGUAACACAAACCCACACACGAAAAACACACUCGACUGGGAUAAUGCGAAAUGCUAUUAUGCCUAUUGAAACACCUAACGAGGAAAGGCAGAAGAGUAAGCGAAGCAUGCAAGUGCAGGAACCGUAUCCAACGGAUUGAUAGUACUAUUCGGCUAAGUAAGAGAAUUAUUUACGCGCGGAAAGUGGGCAAAUAAGGAGCUGAAAUAUAAUGAUGUGUGUGAAUGAAUAUGUAAUGAUUUAAGCAAAAUCAACGGUAGAACUAGGUAGAAAUCGAGAGAAAUUAAAAAAAAAUCAAGCUAAAGUGUAAUCCAGUCAGACAGAAAGCAAAACAGUUUGAAAGAAACAAACAUAAAACUGCAAACUAAAGAGAAGGGAAUGAAGUAAAACAUUGGGUGAGAAAGAAAGUAUAUUUUAGUAACAAAACAAUGGAUAAAAAUCAAAGAAAAAAAAAAACAGAAAAACAUAACUAAGACAGAGAGAAAUAGAGUAGAACGCGAAAACAGGCAGUUCCGAUGCAAAAGAAAAAUAUACUUUCGAUUUGUGUAUAAAGAAAUUUAGAAAGCUGAUAGCAAGCAGCGCAGCGCCGAAGUUUAUUGAUUGAAGAAUGAUAUUUUUGUUCGUUUUACGUUUAGUUUUAUUUUGUGCCCUUGAUAAGUACUCCGGUACAUACUACAUACUGCUACUAGAACUACACACACACAAAAGAAAAGAAAAAAAACACAGCUACUACUACUACUACGUGGAUUGGAGUUUUUAAAGGAAGACAAACCACAAAAACAAGUAUAGAAAAUAACAUUGUGUAUUCUGCAGCAUUAUUUGAAA